AUGGUAACACUAGAAUCUAAUAAAGAAUUGUAUGAGAAACGAAGAAAACAGAGACGAAAAAGCGAACUUAAAUUGAUAUAUAAUGAUAAUGAUUUACCACUAAUACCCUCAAAUAUACUAGAUCAAGCAACUCAACGAAUAUUCCUAAGUUCAAUUUUCAUAUUAAUUCAAAGUUGGAAAUUAUAUGAUUUAAUAUUAAUGAAAUCUGAAAUCAAUGGUGAAACACAAUUGACAAGCUUGACGAAUUUCACAUUUUUAUUGAAAUAUUCAAUCAUUGAUGGGAUAUUCUUAUGGAUUUUACAAUUACUCAACAUUGAAUAUUUACGAUUUACGCCUUUCAAAACAUUAAUUAUGACAAUUAUGCUAGUUCUUAGUUCAUUUUUUUUAGUUAGUUCAGUUUCAUUACCUUUAUUUUCCAACAUUUUCAUACCAUUCGCUAAAUUAAUAUCUCAAAAUAAGGAAUUAAACUUAAUUGGAGAAAAGAUAGAUAGAAGUAAAGUAUUAGAUAUGGAUUCACAUUUCAAAGGACAAUUAAUUAUCCAUUUCCUACCUGAUUCUUCAACAAGAAUGAAUCCUUUCCAUUUUGAUCAGACAUGUCUUGGAAUAAAUAAUAAUCAUGAAAUUAAAAUGCCAAUUGAAUUUAAUACGACGACAAGUAUUGGAGCACUACAAAUACAACAUACGACUCCAGACAAUGAAAUUCACAUGAUUGAUUAUUCUGGAUAUACGUUAUCCAAAUUAUUCAAGAAGGAUUAUUCUCAUUUAUCAGAAUAUAAAGAAUACCAAUCUAAAAAGGACUCAAGGGUAUUUUAUGUUGAAUUUCCAAUUACUAAACCAGGAAAAUAUAAUAUUAAAAAAGUGUUAGAUAAUAAAGGAAAUAGUAUCAAGGUAUAUAAAUCUGAAUUUUUGAUACAUAAUUGUCCCACUGCAAAAUUUUAUUAUCCACCUAAUUUCAACCUGAAUCAAUAUAUGUGCAUGUCAAACUUGAAUCAUGCUGAUACGUUUCCUGUGCCGUGGCUUGAGACAUAUUCAACAAGUAUAGCUUCUGUGAAAAUUAAUGUUAAAAUUAAUGGUAAAGAUUUUAGAAUUUUGGAAUUACCAAUUGGACAAGAAUAUGAAUCUAAAUCAAAUGAUUUGAAUUAUUUGAAAGCUGUUAAAUUGAUUAGAAAUUCAUUAGAGAAUGAAAUUUUAAAACUGCCACAAAGUUGCAAAACUUCUUCAAAUAGUGUUUUAGAAUUUGAAUUAUUGGAAAUUAAAGAUUCUUUUGGUAUGAUUCAUAAAUAUCAACCAUUAAGUAAGGAUGCAGAUGUUUAUUUUAGAUUACAAUUAAGAAAAUCGGCAACUAUAGGAUUAGUUGAUAAUUAUGCUCAUCAAGAAAUGUUAGUUGGAGGAGAGAAAAUAUUAUCAUUCACAAAUAAUGGUUUUAAAGAUGAUGAUUAUCCAAUAGAAAUUAAAAUAGAACAUAAUGGACAAAACGUCACAAAAGUGUUUAAGAACAAAGUUGAGUUCCAACAUGGAAUCACAGUAAAGAGUCCUGGCAAUUAUAAAUUGAUAUCUGCUUCUGAUAAAUAUUGUCCUUGUGAAAUCAAAAAAUCUUCAGUAGAUGUUAAAUUAGCUCAGCUUCCAUCAUUAGAUAUUGAUCCAAAACCAGUGAUUGAUAAAUGUUUAGGCACGAUUGGAUAUAGUUUCAAUUUUAAUUUCACGGGUAAACCACCAUUCAAAGUUCAAUAUCAUAUAUAUUCAAAUGAAAGUGGUGUUUUAAAACCAGUAUAUUCAGAUGGUAGAUCAUCAAGAGAAGUAAUUUCAAAUAGACAUGUACAUUCAUUUCAAUUUGAACCACCACAUGAAGGUUCUUAUACAAUCAAAUUCAACACAUUAAAGGAUGCAAAUUAUCAUAAAUCACCAAUUAGACUAGAUGAAGUUAAACAUUCAUAUUCGACAUAUUUCAAACAAGCAUCAAAAAUAGGAAUCGAAGCAAGAGAUACAAUUCAUACAUGUUAUGGAGAGACUGCAAAUAUACCAAUUUGGUUUCAAGGAAGUGUUCCAAUCUCAUUUGAUUAUGAAUUCAUAGACUCGGAAACACAUAAAAGACUAUUGAAGACAGUUCAUGUUGAUAAUGUUACUAAUUAUACUAUUUCAACUCCUCUUAAAUUAAUUGGAAAAAGUUAUGAAAUUAAAUUAUCUAAUGCUAGGGACAAAUUUGGAUGUAAUGCUAAAAUAAUAAAUCAAAAUAAACCAGUAAGGAUAGUUUCUCGAUCAGACAUACCUGAAAUUGAAUUCUCCACAACACAAGAAAUAAUUAAAUUAGUCGAAGGUUCAAAUGUGAAAAUUCCAUUAAAAUUGAAAUCGAGUACUGGAUUUACUAGAAAUGAUAUAUUGAAUAUUAAGUAUCAAGCACCUGGAUCAGAUAAAAUUACUGAACAUAGAGCUAGUUUAGUUGAUUCGUCAUUGAAAUUGACUCAAGAGGGGAAUUAUUGGAUAUCUGCAUUUGAAAAUAAUGGAUGUAAGGCAAAAGUAACUUCUAACCAAUCAGUUCAAUUAGUUUAUUAUUCACGUCCAACAAUGAGAAUCAUAACUAAUAAUGAAAUGUUACAACAUAAAGAUGAUUCAACAAUACAUUUAAAUCCAAUCUGUAAUGGUUGUUCCAAUGAAAUUGAAAUUGAAUUGACUGGGGAAUUGCCAUUUAUUUUGGAUUAUGAGAUUAUAAAUCCAAAUGGGAAGAUAGAAAGUAAUUCUAUGAAUAUAGACAAGAAGAGAAUUAAGAUUAAUUUACCAACAAAGUCUAAUGGUCGAUAUGAACAUAAUUUUAAGAAGAUAUUUGAUGGGUUACAUACUAGACAUAAUUCAAAACAUGUGAAUUCAAAUGUUCCUAAAGUGAUAUAUGACGUUAAUGCAUUACCUUCUGCUCAUUUUAUAAUAGGAAAACACAAGACACAAGUAUGUGAAAAUAAAUUAAAUUCAGAAACACCAAUUGCUGAAAUUCCAAUUAACUUGACUGGUAAAGCACCAUUUGAUAUUUCGGCAGUGAUUAAAAAUGAAAACACAGGCAAAGUCCAAAAUGCAAAUUUUCAUAAUGUGAGAGAAAACAAAUUAGUUCUUGAAUAUUCCAAAUUUUUCACAUUGGGAGAUUAUACACUCAGGUUUAAUAAGAUUCAAGAUUCUAAUGGCUGCAUUAAUACUCAUUUCAAAUUCAAUGAAAAUUACUUAAUUUCAAUCAAUGAACCACCAAAUAUAUUCAAAACAGAUGCUUUAAAAUCUCAUUAUUGUAUUGGUGAUCAUGUUUCAUAUAAUGUUAGUGGAGUAUCUCCAAUUACAAUCUACUAUGAAUAUAAUAACAAAUUAAGAAAAGCUGAAACUAAAGGUUUGUUCACUAGAUUAGCUUCAAGACCUGGUAUUUUGAAUAUUCAAGGAUUGAGCGAUUCUGGUGAAAAUUCAUGUCUUGUAAAUUAUACAAAUGAUAUAAUGAAGUCCAAAGAAUUAAGUUUAACUGUUCAUGAUAUACCAUCUGUGGAAGUAAAUAAAGGAGAUUAUAUCAUUGAAGAUUUACAUGAAGGUGAUCAGACUGAAUUAAUAUUUAGCUUUAUUGGAAUUCCACCAUUUAAAUUAACUUAUAUAAGGACAAUCGAUAUAAGACAAGGUAACAAGAAGAUUCGAAAAUUAUUAGAAAAACAUACAAUUGAAGAUAUUUAUGAUUUGGAAUAUGUUGUUUUGGCUAGUCUUGAAGGUAUUUAUGAAGCCAUUGAAAUUCAAGAUAAAUAUUGUAGAGCUACAAAAUCUGUAAAUUAUAUAGAAUAA